CCUUCUCAUCCUCCUCUUCCUCCUCCCUCCUCCUCCUCUUCUUCCUCCUCCUCCUCCGCGAGGCUCCGCCCCCCCGCCCGCCGACGCCACACCCCGCCUCCCCGACGUCAUCAUCAUCGGCGUGAGGAAGGGCGGCACGCGCGCGCUCAUCGAGAUGCUAAGCCUCCACAGCGAGGUCGUGGCCGCGCAGAACGAGGUGCACUUCUUCGACUGGGACAGUCACUUCCAGCGCGGCGUGGACUGGUACGUGUCUCAGAUGCCGCGCGCGCGGCCGGGUCAGCUGACGGUGGAGAAGACGCCGGCGUACUUCACGUCCAGCCGCGUCCCCGAGCGAAUCCUGCAAACCCUUCCCGACGUGCGGCUAAUGCUAAUCGUGCGCGAGCCGACGGAGCGCCUGCUGUGCAGCUCUUCCACAACCGCCUGGAGAAGCGCAAACGCCAGGAGUCGCUGGAGGCGUUGCUAAUGCGCGACGGCGAGCUCAACCUGGACUACAAGGCGCUGAACCGCAGCCUGUACCACGUGCACCUGCAGCGCUGGCUCGCCGUGUUCCCCCGCGCGCGGCUGCACCUGGUGGACGGAGACGCGCUGAUCCGCGACCCGCUGCCGGAGAUGACGAGGGUGGAGCAGUUCCUGCAGCUCGAGCCGCAGAUCAGCGCCUCGCACUUCUACUUUAACCAGACCCGCGGCUUCUACUGUCUGCGCGAGCGCCGGCGCCAGCGCUGCCUCCACCGCUCCAAGGGACGCACACACCCGCGCGUCAGGCCCGAGGUCCUGCGCAAACUCCAGCAGUACUUCCACGAACCCAACCUGAAGUUCUUCCAGCUCGCCGGACAGACGUUCGACUGGAAGUACAGCUGUCCUGCUGAACGAGCCACCAAGAGUCGCAUCAUCACUGCAGAUGUGGUGCAGGCUCCUCCUCGACCCCUGCGCGUUCUGCCAGGAUGUAAAGGACCCGCCAUCAACAGAGACCUCAAACCUGGGAGACUCCCGAAGAGUGCAUCAGCUGGGAGACUGGAGUCCAUGGGAUCCGCCGACAGGGCCGUCGCCGUCACUCAGAGAUACAUGAAUAAUCUCUGUCUAUUUCACCCUGAGGUUAAAACAACACAACCUUCUGCAGGUCGCGCGUCUCACAGGUUUUCUCUGGAUCUGGACUCUCAGGAUCUGGACAGUGCCUGUGACAGCGACAGCAGCUCGUCCGAAUCUCACGCGAGGAAAACACAACAUCACGAGUGGCCGCCGACGAGAGGAGAAGCUCACGGCAGCUUUACCAGCCACAGCAAACCUGCUCAGGGGCUGGCGGAGCAGAACUGGUAUGUCGGGUCGGUCAGUCGAGUGGAGGCAGAACACGCUCUUCAUCUCGUGAACCGGGAAGGAGCUUUUCUAGUGCGCGACUGCUCUAAGAACACUACCCACGAGCCCUUGGUCCUCGGCGUGUUUUACGACAAGCGGGUUUUUAACAUCCAGAUCCGCUUCAGCGAGGACAUCAGCAAAUACACUCUGGGAACGGGCCUCCGAACCAACGACAGGUUCGACUCGGUCACCGACAUCAUCAAGUUCCACUCCAUCUUCCCCAUCGUCCUCAUCGACGGACGCAAAACUUCUGCAGCGACCAAUCAGAAGAGACAGUGUGUCCUGAUGUACCCAAUCACGAAGCAGGAUCUGGCGGCGCUGCUGGACUGAGCAAACGCAAGCAACAUCUACAGGACUUCAACUGACCUUUGACCUUAACAAGAGCACCAAUCAAAAGAGCUCAUUUGCAUGUUAAUCAAUAACAAAAAAGCAUGCUAAUGCACU